AUGCUCAACAAUUUGGAGGAACCUUGUGUAAUUGUUAUGGAUAACACAUCUUACCAUUCGGUUCUUUCUGUCGAUUACCCAAAGUCUAAUGAAAUAAAAUCAAGUGUUCAACAAUGGCUCAAAGAAAAUGGAGUAGAUUUUUCUCCAUUACAAACACUCAGUGAAUUACGCGAAAUUGUAAAGUCUUUAAUACCCAAAAAAAAAAUAUAUGAACUCGAUGAAAUCGCACUUCAAAUGGGCCAUGAAGUUGAACGUUUGCCGCCAUACCAUUGCCAAUACAAUCCCAUCGAGUUAAUAUGGGGACAGGUAAAAGGGGAAGUCGCUAAAAAUAAUACAACUUUUAAAUUUGCCGAUGUCGAAAAAUUGUUAAAUGACGCAUUGGACUCAGUAACAGUUGAAAACUGGAAAAAAUGUACCGAUCACUGCCAUAACCUGCAAGAGGAGGAUUUCAUCAAAGAAGGAUUAAGAGACGAAAUUUCGACACCAAUAAUAAUGACGAUCAAUCCUGAUGAAAGCAGUGAUAGCGAGAGCGACAGCGAAGGAUCUUAA